ACGCACUUGUACCGGCAGUUGGUCUGCUGCUGAGAAAGGUCCCGGCUGGCACGUGGGAUACGAGGAGAUUGCGCUCGCCGCCGCCGAUCCGGCCCACCCAGCCGCGCUGCUUGCGCACCGCGCCGACGGCCGCACGCGGCUCGGCAACUCCAGCGCGCUCGUCGACUUCGACGCUGCGCUCGCCGCCGAUCCGGCCCACCCGGCCGCGCUGCUCGCCAAGGGCGCCUUGCUCUGCGGCCUCGGCCAGUACGCGCUCGCCGGAAUCUUGCACAUUAAGUGAUGGGGCCUGCGCGUGAUGGGGCGGCUCGGUCGGAUCCUGCGCGUGCUGCCGGCGCAUCGGCUCCUCCCUCGCCGGCGCGGCCAAGCGUUGGAUCCAGAUUCUGCUGCCUAGCGGAGGACGAGGAUUUUGACGAGAAGACGCGGGAGACGGCGGAGGAGGCGGCGUGGUUAGUGCUUGGGUUUGAACCAGUAGUGCAGCAGAUCGGGCGGUUGCCGGAUUUGUCCCUAGAGGAGGUGAGAGAAGACUUCUGGACAAAGAUCGGAUUCCCGACGUCUGAGUCCAGGGAAUGGUCAAGGUGUGCGUCGCCGGAGGUACGUUUUUCGUCGUGCAGGUUGUCGGAGCGGGCAAGGUCUGCGUCGCCGCCGCCGAGGGAGAAGGUCAAGAGGUCUGUGAUGAGGGCGGCGUCCUCGUCGCCGGUAGGCCUGCGGCUUUCCCGGAUGCCGCGGAUGAAGCCCUGGAGAGGCCCGCUUCCGCGUCGUCGAGUCACGCCGGCGCCUGUCUUUGGGGACUUCCUCGCUGCAGCUACGGCACGUCGGCCGGCGGCGAUCGCGCCGGUGGUUCCCUCGUUGGGGUCUGCUACCUCCGUGGUGCUUGGGGCGUCUCCGACGCUGAGUCGCGUGGUGGUGGAGGCGACGCCGGCAGCUUCGCCUUCGGUGACGGCCGAGGAGCCGGCGGUGCGGCCGUUGAUCGCGGCGGGUCUCGAGCCGCGAUUCAAACCGGCGGAUGCGGCACUGGAGGCCUCCUCUAGUGGGCCGCAAAGUCGUUGGGCCUGGUUCGGUCGGGCCGUGAUGGCUGUGCAGAAGGCGCCUCGCUGCGUCCCUAUCGACAACAGCAUACGAUCACGGGAGAUCGACCAGGUCCCGUAUCGUUCCAGAGUCAUCUUCACCGCCGCCGCUCGCCCUUGCGUGCUGGUGGAGGCGACGCCGGCAGAUUCGCCUUCGGUGACGGCCGAGGAGCCGGUGGUGCGGCCGUUGAUCGCGGCGGGUCUCGAGCCGCGAUUCAAACCGGCGGAUGCGGCACUGGAGGCCUCCUCUAUUGGGCCGCAAAGUCGAUGGGGCUGGUUCGGUCGGGCCGUGAUGGCUGUGCAGAAGGCGCCUCGCUGCGUCCCUAUCGACAACAUGCAGCGGUCGGCCGCGGUGACCCCAGCGUCGCUGCAGCUGACCACGGGCCUGCUGGCAUUGGGGCCGAUGCACCGGCCGGCUAUGCAGCAGCCGGCCUUGUCGCCACCUUCGUCGCCGCAGCCGACUUCGGAGGUCGAUACGCAGCUGCACGGUGCGGCGGAGGACGCUACGCUACCGCGCCAUCUGGAUGCGGGGCAGCGGACCUUGAGGGUCUCGUCGUGUCCCGCGGACGGACCCGUGGAGCCUGUGAUACCGCCUCCAUGGGCGGAGGGGCAGGCUGAUGGGACGAAGGGCGCUUCUUCUUCGACACCCUCUUCCCCCGCGAAGGGGGACUCGCCUGGGGCUGCUGUGAUACAGGGGGCUACAUCACCUUCUACCCCUGUAUCGACGACCUCUUCUCCCUCACCGGCUUGGUCUCCACCGCCCUCGACUUCUCCAUCGCCGGUAUCCACCCUGCAGCAGCCGCCACCCACGGUCCCUCCUCCCGUUAUUCAAUCGACGGUGAGGCGGAGUGGGAGGUACGCUCUUGCGGUGGAUGGGGCGGGGCCGACGGAUGAGGACACCAUGCAGAGAGCCAUGCGACGUAAGGCUGAGAAGAACCUCGACACGGCAGGUCAUCUACAGAUGUACAAGUAUUCUCCGUUCAUGGUUACCUCUACAACGAGUGGAGAACCGACAGCUAUUUACGGAGGUCUGUACACGGUUGGAGGCUACGGCGAGGGAUACUUUUUCCCUACAUGGGUGGCAGCAUAGUCUACGGAUAGAUGCCCCACCUACACUUUAGGCGUUAUAUGAUUCAUCGUUCCGAUAUGUAUCUCGCUUAGUUUUUAUUAUUUAUCCUUUUGGACUUGAGACAACAAAACGGCUGUGUGCAUCCUGGUUAUGCAGAGGCUGGAUGUAAUUGCUUAUUAAAGUAA